CAGAUAUAACAGGAAAACGAAAGAAUGAAGUUCGACUCGAUCCUAGCGCUGGCCGUUCUCGCCGUCGGCGGCACUGACGCGGCGGGAACGCCCACCGAGCCCGUUACGACCUUGGCCAAGGUCAGGCGAGACACGUCUCCGAGCCCAACUCUUGCCGACGGCCACAAUCUGUUCGGUUGUGUGACCAAGAACUGGGUCGCGCCAUGCGUGCACGUGCCGUUCUACUGGGACACUUGCUUCUCGUUCAGGGACAACCCGGUCAGCGGCGUGAAUCUGUACCACAACAUGCGAUCGGCCGGCACCGACGACGACGCCAUCUGCACCCUGUACAAUGGCGACAACUGCGACAGCGGCGUUGAGACGCUGGUGUUGCCGUUUGGCGGCACGGGCGACAUGGGGAGCCAGUCGGCCCACUGGGGCUCCUUCAAGUGCACCAAGAGCCUCUACUCGUGCAUUGGAUAAGUGUACGGCGACGGCAUCUCUGCAAACACGAUCCGACAGCUUGCAUUAGAGGCUUCCCUAGCUGAGGGACUUGGGAUAGUGGAAGACCCUCAAUCGAGUGCUCUCGGCGACAUUACCUAACUCUGACGGACGUGUGUGGCGGCUCAUGGCUGGAAGAAAACGUCAGGUCAGCGCAAUCGAGCCGUGUUUGUGUUCCUCUUCGUUUAGCAUCGUUUAGCUACGUUGAAUAUGUCAAUUAUAAG